UCCAGCUUCAAGAUGUCCACUCCUGCAGCACACACACGGAGCUAACUGGAACCAGACCGGCACCUGCCUCUCUCUCUCUGAUACACACAACACAACAGAAACGCAGAGCACAUCUGAACAGGUAACCCUCAUCAGAGUAUCAGCCAUGUGUUCUUGGGUGAGCUGGUUGCUCUUGCUGACAGGCCUGCUGGGUGUGUAUGCUCAGGAGUACUACGAAGAAAGGACAGCAGGGAAGAGAACUGCGGUCAGAGUGUUCCCCGCAAACCAGCAGAAAUAUGAUGGACAGGCCAUCUUGGAUGAAGACUGUGGUCUAGAGUUAGCUUUCCUUAUCGACAGCUCUGAGAGUGCAAAGGGCCACCACCAACAGGAGAAGCAGUUUACUAUGGACAUCGUGGAGAGCUUAAAGAGCAUCCGUCUGGAGACAGGGCGCAAACUGAACUGGAGAGUGGCCCUCCUCCAGUACAGCAGCCAUGUGGCCAUCGAGCAAACUUUGAAACAAUGGAGGGGCAUGGAGAACUUCAAAAGCAGCAUUGCUCCCAUGGCCUACAUUGGUCAUGGCACCUACACCACCUAUGCCAUCACCAACAUGACCAAAAUCUUUUUGGAGGAGUCCAACCCAGACAGUAUUAAGAUUGCACUACUGUUUACAGACGGCGUCUCCCAUCCAAGGAACCCUGACAUCUUCUCAGCCACUGCUGAUGCCAAGAACCAGGGAGUGAAGUUCUUCACCAUUGGCAUCACCCAUGUUGCCAAUGAACCGGCCAACAUCGCCCAGCUAAGACUUCUGGCCAAUACACCUGCUUCUCGGUUUCUCCAUAACCUGCAGGACAUAAACAUCAAAGAGAAGAUCCUCACCGAGAUUGCUCAACUAGCUGAAGACGGGUGUCCUGUGGCUCAGAAAUGUUCGUGUGAGAAGGGUGAGAGAGGACCAAGUGGCCCAGCGGGAAAGAAAGGUCGUCCAGGUGAAGAUGGAGCCCCUGGUCCUAAAGGUCAAAAGGGUGAAAGUGGUUUGAGUGGACUUCCUGGUCGUGAUGGCUCAGAAGGGAAACCUGGCUACAAAGGAGACAAGGGAGACAGAGGGGAAUGUGGCACGCCAGGAAUCAAGGGUGACAGGGGUCCAGAGGGUCCUGUUGGCACAAGAGGGACCAGAGGGUUACAGGGUUUACCAGGACCACAAGGUGACAUUGGACCAGAGGGGCCACAGGGCACAAAGGGUGAGCGUGGUCCCGCUGGCCCACCUGGCCUCCAGGGCGAAACCGGAAUUGGACUUCCUGGGCCAAAGGGUGAUAUAGGAUUACAGGGCAGAGCAGGUCCUCCUGGUCCACCUGGAAUUGGAGAACCAGGCCCACCUGGACCUCAAGGUCCACAGGGUGUUCAAGGCGAGAAAGGACCACAGGGAGAGGGAUUUCCUGGGCCUAAGGGUGACCGGGGUCCAGAGGGACCGAGGGGUCCUAGGGGACAGACAGGCGCUGGAAUCAAAGGAGAAAAGGGUGAGCUUGGGCCUCCAGGCCUCCCAGGUCCACUUGGGCUCACUGGAGUUGGCAUCCAAGGAGAGAAGGGUGUGGAGGGUCCAAGGGGGCCUCCAGGGAUCAGAGGACCACCAGGAGAAGGCCUUCCUGGACCAAAGGGUGACCAAGGAUUACCAGGAGAGAUUGGUAGCCCAGGAGAGAGAGGGAUUGGCGAGCCUGGACCAAAGGGCGAGCCUGGCGCUGCAGGUUUGGCAGGUUUACCUGGGCUUCCUGGAGAGGAUGGUGCUCCGGGUCAAAAGGGUGAGCCCGGUGCACCUGGUGUGAGGGGGGCUGAAGGAACACCAGGAAUUGGCACACAAGGAGAAAAGGGAGACCAAGGCCAGCGGGGUGUCAGAGGAUUACCAGGCCCACCUGGCAUUUCUGGCCCUUCAGGAGCCAAGGGAGAGCCUGGAACACCAGGGCGAUUAGGCAUGCCAGGACUUCCUGGGCGUGCUAUCGCAGGACCGAAGGGUGAUGUAGGCCCUGCUGGUCCUCCUGGGCCCAUUGGAGAAACUGGCUAUGGCCUGCCAGGUCCAAAGGGUGACCGUGGCAAUCCAGGCCCUCCUGGGCCAUUUGGGCCGAAAGGUGAAGGAUUUCCUGGACCAGCGGGUCUUCCAGGUCUUCCAGGUCUUCCAGGAGAGCCUGGUCCUGAGGGUGUUGGCUUCCCUGGACCAAAGGGUGACAUUGGCUUCCGAGGUUUGCCAGGUUUGCCAGGCCCACCAGGAGAAGGAGUGCAGGGUCCACCAGGCAACAUGGGAAGACCAGGACUGCCAGGACCAGCCGGGCCCCCAGGAGAGGGUAUUCAAGGCCCCAAAGGUGACCAAGGACCUUCAGGUGUCACUGGACCAAGGGGACCUCCAGGGGAAGGACUCUCAGGGCCUAAGGGUGCUAGAGGUCUACCGGGUGAGAGAGGAGUGAGGGGAGUUAAGGGUGACAUGGGUGACCCUGGAGAUCCUGGACUACCUGGAACACCUGGAGUAAAAGGGGAAAUGGGUCUCACGAGAGAAGACAUUAUUAAACUGAUCAAGGAGAUUUGUGGAUGCGGCAUUAAGUGUAAGGAGAGGCCUAUGGAGCUGGUGUUCGUGAUUGACAGUUCAGAGAGCGUUGGGCCUGAAAACUUUGAGAUCAUAAAGGACUUCGUCACAGCACUGGUGGACCGUGUCACUGUAGGCCGAAACACCACACGGAUCGGCCUCGUUCUCUACAGCCUGGACGUGCACCUGGAGUUCAACCUGGCACGCUACAUGACCAAGCAAGACGUCAAGCAGGCAAUCAGGAAGAUGCCCUACAUGGGAGAGGGGACCUACACUGGCACUGCCAUUCGCAAAGCCACACAGGAGGCUUUUUAUAGCGCUCGCAGUGGUGUAAGAAAAGUGGCCAUUGUUAUCACCGAUGGGCAGGCAGAUAAGAGAGAGCCUGUGAAGCUGGACAUGGCAGUACGGGAGGCCCAGGCUGCUAAUAUUGAGAUGUAUGCUAUUGGAAUCGUUAACACAUCAGACCUUACUCAGGCAGAGUUUCUUAGGGAACUUAACCUCAUUGCUUCUGAUCCAGACAGUGAACACAUGUACCUAAUUGAUGACUUCAAUACCUUGCCAGCUUUGGAGUCUAAACUUGUCAGUCAGUUUUGUGAGGAUGAGAAUGGAGCGCUCAUCUACAACCGCAUCACUAAUGGCGUCAACGGACAAAACGGAUUCAGAUAUAACGGCUAUGAUAAUCAUGCGGACGUCUUAUAUGGAAACAAUGGUUAUGGGAAUCCACAUCAGGAACAUCUGGACAGGACACGACUUGACACUCAGAGCCAUGUCAGAAGCAGAGGCGACACUUUCACUUUACCAAUCAACCCUGCUCCUCUCAGCACCCAGGUCAAGGUGGAGGAAGACGCCUAUGAAGGAGAAGAUUUAGAUGUAAGGACUCAUCUACGAGGUGGCAGCAGAGUAACUGUCGUAAAUAAAACUGUCCCACCUGUGCAGCCUGUGGGUGAAGCUAGCAGAACAUCUCACUCCAGCGUCUCAACAUCAUUGCUGCCAGCUUCAUCAUCAUCAUCAUCUUCAUCUGUAUCAUCUUCCUCAUCACAAACGGUCACAUCUACUUCAGUGCAUGUGAAUCCACAGCCCCGUCCUGUUGUACUCAAAGCUCCGCUGGAUCCUCGCUGCUUACUGAGCCUGAACCAGGGGCCCUGCAGAGAGUACAUCAUCCGCUGGUACUAUGACAAACAGGCAAACGCUUGCGCACAGUUCUGGUACGGAGGAUGUGAUGGCAACGAGAACCGCUUUGAGACAGAAGCUGAGUGCAAGAAAACAUGUGUUCUUACCACUACAGUGGGUUAACCUGGACAACAAAAUGAAACUCUCAGGAAAUGGAUCAAAGUGAUGUUCUAUUAUUCCAUUGUUCAUCAUUAAUCCCACUGACGCCACACAAAUUUUAGGAGCCUAGGUUAUUCUUACACAUCCAUGCAGACUUGUAAUAGCUCUUUUCUCAUUCAUCAUCUCAUAUUUAGUACUGAGGCAGACAUCAAACAUUUCCUUUUUCAGAACAUUUACAGUGAAAACAAUGAAACAAUGAAAAUGAAAGAAAAUAAGAGUCUCAAAAGGGUAGACCAAAAUAAUG